AUGCGAGUGUCUCGGACCAAACAACCACUUCAGCCACAUCAUAGCAGACUUGUAAAUUUUUACAUAAAGAAACAUAAAGAAAUCAAUGGAGUCAUUGAUAUCACGAAACAGAUGCACCAGACACUUGGACAACAAAUAAUAAUAUAUCAAUCUACAAUAAAUUUUGCACUCACUGAAGGACAAUUAUUAGCCUAUGAUGGAAACGAUCUUGGUCGUACUGAACACCGCAUUACUCAAAGCGGAAAAUGUGUUACCAACAAUAACAAUAGUAUUAUCGAAUUAUCGAAUUGUCCAUACAAAAGGAUUGUAAAUACAAUUAUAAGUAACUUUGUAACUUCACUAAAACCUUCACUAAACCUUAUCGCAUGGAUGGCGAUAUUAUCAUCGAUAUGGGACCAAAUUCGUCUAAACCGAGAGAUCGAAGGACUAAAAAUUUGUUACCAGUUAUAA